CCCACGUCGCACGUGGCCACUGCGCCAGCUUAAAGGGGCAGGGCCGUUGACGCAUUACGACGCGUCGGGGCUCCCAGGCCACGCCUUCAGACGCAGAAAGAGGUGCCUGGUUUACGGACCUGACAGUCCUGACCCCUAGCCGCAAACAGGGACCCGGGGAUGAUCUGGCUGAGCCUCAAACCCGCGCGCCGCAACGCAGCCGGGUUACAUGUGACCUGCAUAGUGUGUACUCGCUACAGUGAGCGGGAUUCGGCGUAAGCCUUGGCAGUCUCCCCCGAGAAACGCUUCCGGUAUCAGGACGUGACCCAACACAGUCCAUUCCAUCUCGGCGGCCGCCAAGCCCCCCAAAGGUCCCCUAAGCCGGCCACUUCCGGUCCGGCGAAGAGUCCAACGGCUUCAAAGCGGAAGUGGUACGAAGGAGACGUGUGGACUCCUUCCGGUUCCGGCCUCACGCGCUCCGCUGUGACAACAUGAAACUGCUCACCCACAAUCUCCUGAGCUCCCAUGUGCGGGGCGUGGGCACGCGUGGCUUCCCGCUGCGCCUGCAGGCCACCGAGGUCCGCAUCAACCCCGUGGAGUUCAACCCGGAGUUCGUGGCGCGGAUGAUCCCCAAAGUGGAGUGGGCGGCGCUUGUGCAGGCAGCGGACACCUUAAACUUGGCCGAGGUACCCAAAGAGCCGACUGAAGGCUAUGAGCACGACGAGACGUUUUUGAGGAAGAUGCACCACGUGUUGCUUGAGGUUGAUGUACUGGAGGGUACCCUGCAAUGUCCAGAAUCUGGUCGUCUUUUCCCCAUCAGCCGCGGGAUCCCCAAUAUGCUGUUGAACGAUGAGGAGACCGAGACGUAACCUUGCUAGGCGCCACUUUGGUAUUUUGUUGACUGUGUGUUUGUGUUGUAUGGUCUGUUAAAUAGACGCGUCAUGUGUGACCCCCAGACUUCCCCCCAGUGACUCACCGACCACCGUGUACUUGAGCUCCAUAGUAUAUUUUUUUUCUCAUUAAAGGUUCAAAACCAAAA